GCUCCUGCCUGAGUGACUCCACAGGAAGACAGGAACUGGCCACAGGAACAGGGUCUCAGCUGGUGGUGUGGCAGGAUGGAAACUGGCUACACUGCUCUGCAGAUCUUCUUACUGGUGAUGCAUGGGAUCAUCAGUGUCCUCGGCAUCAUGGGAAAUGGGCUUGUGAUCUGGGUGGCUGGAUUCCGGAUGGCACUCACAGUCACCACCUUGUGCUACCUGAACCUGGCCUUAGCCGACUUCUUCUUCAGCGCCACUCUGCCAUUCUUCAUGGUUGUAAAUACCAUGAGAGGACAAUGGCCUUAUGGCUGGUUCCUAUGCAAGUUAUUUAACAUUAUCAUAGAUACAAACCUGUAUGGAAGUGUCUUCCUCAUUGCUUUCAUUGCUCUGGACCGCUGUAUCUGUGUCCUGCAUCCGGUCUGGGCCCAGAACCACCGCACUCUAAGUCUGGCUAAAAAACUGAUCAUUGUACCCUGGAUUCUUGCUCUACUCCUUAACUUGCCAGUUCUCAUCUUCUUUACUACAGAAACGGAUGAGAACGGGGAUAUAUACUGUGAUUUCAACAACAACUUCUGGGGUAACAUCAGUGAAGAAGAGAAGUUGCACAGGACCGUUACCUCAGUAGCAAUCAUAGGGAUCAACCGGUUUGUCACUGGCUUCACUCUACCGAUGUCCAUCAUCGCCAUCUGCUAUGGGCUCAUUGCAGCCAAAAUCCGAAACAAGAGCAUGAUGAAGUCCCGCCAUCCCUUACGGGUCCUCACUGCUGUCGCAGCUUCCUUUUUCAUUUGCUGUUUCCCCUUCCAACUGUGUCUUCUUCUGGCCACAGUCUGUGUCACAGCAGUAUCUGAAGAAAAGUACAACAUCAUUCUUCUCCUGGCAUCUCUAACAGGCAUCCUGGCCUUUUGCAACAGCUGCCUCAACCCAGUGCUCUAUGUCUUCCUGGGGAGAGACUUCCGAAAGAAACUGAUCCACUCCCUGCCUGCCAGUCUGGAGAGGGCCCUGACUGAGGACUCAGCCCCAACCAGUGACACAACCACCAAAUCGGCUUCACCUCCUAUAGAGGCCCAAUUACAGGAGAUGUGAGGUGCCUGGGAUCAGUUAUGAGCUUUGCCGGCUCCUGUCCUGCUCCCUCUUCCAGCUUCACCUUACCUUAGGUCAUACUGAGCGUUAGGUAAAAUUUCCCUGGCCAGGAGACUGUAGAAAGAGACUGAGGGCCCCAUUAUUAAACUCAGAGUUUCUUAAGGGAACGUACAUACAAGGCUCAGCUUGGGAGGCAGCAAGAUGACACGGAGGUCCUCCGUGCUACAGGACAGGUGAUAAGGAGUUUAUAGGACAGGGAAGAUGGAUGGAGGUACUGGAGAAUGACCCACCUCAGGUAAGGAAAAACUGCCUUACAGACUUGCCUAGGGCACUCCCAGGGCCAGUCCCAGGAACCAGCAUGCGGGGGGUGUUGGGAGGGGUUGGACUGUCUCUGAGGGGAUUUCUGGGAAGCAAUUUCUGUUCUGGCUUGAAUGCAGCUACAUAAUCUGGCAGCGGUGACAUCAAUGAAUAGUCUCUUCUCCACACUGAAACAUUCAUCAUGAAAAAUACUUUGGUGCCCCCUGAUUUGGAGAUAAGAAUGGACAUCCGGGUAUUAUUGCUCUCAUUUUUCAUUUUGGCACCUCAGCCUAUACCCAGGGUCAGUGGAGGUGGGAAAGAGUUACAGGGAUGAGAAGAAGAAGAGUGAUGGGGAGUCUGUAAAGCUUAGAUGAGAAAGUAUAUUAAAGGGAAAACUUUGGUAUUUUACCAUGAAGUAAGAUGUUUCCUGUAGAUUGUUUUUAUCUAUUUUUUAUCUGACCACAGAAGGUUCCUAUUCCUAAUUUACUAACUGUUUUCUUCUUUUCUUAAUCAUAAAUUUCUACUGGAUUGUAUCAAAUGCAUGUUCUGCAGCUAUUAAGAUGAUCAUAUUAUUUUUAUCAUUUUACUUACACCAUCAUAAACUAUAUUCAUUUUUUAGUGUUAAACUACCUUUGUAUUCAUAGAAUAACCACACUUGGUAAUUAUAUACUAUAUAUAUACUGUAUAUAUAUA